AGCUGAAAGUGGCCGAAGGUGCCCAGCCGGCGGGCCAGGCUGGGAACUCGGCCAACGGCCCUGCCGAAGACGCCCACGAAGGCGACGACUCCGAGGACGAGGCGGAAGAACCCUCUGCCACCGGCGCCGCCAAGAAGAAGAAGAAGAGAAAGCCCAAGAAGAAGAAGAAGGCGCCGACGAGCCAGACGGAGCCGCCCCGCGUAAUGGUCAGCCAGCUGUUCCCCAACAAGACGUAUCCCAAGGGCGAGGAGGUCGAGUACAAGGACGAGAACCGGUACCGCACCACCAGCGAGGAGAAGCGCCACCUGGACAACCUCAACAGCGACUUCCUGGCCGACUACCGCGAGGCCGCCGAGGUGCACCGCCAGGUGCGGCAGUACGCGCAAAAGGUCAUCAGGCCCGGCCAGACGCUGACGGAGAUUGCCGAGACGAUUGAGGACAGCGUGCGCGCGCUGACGGGCCACCCGGGCCUCGAGGAGGGCGACGCCCACAUCGCCGGCAUGGGCUUCCCGUGCGGCCUCAGCCUGAACCACUGCGCCGCCCACUACACGCCCAACGCGGGCAACAAGAUGGUGCUGCAGCAAAACGACGUCAUGAAGGUCGACUUUGGCGUCCACGUCAACGGCAAGAUUGUCGACUCGGCCUUCACCGUCGCCUUUGAGCCCAAGUACGACAACCUGCUGCAGGCCGUGCGCGAGGCCACCAACGCCGGCGUGCGCGAGGCCGGCAUCGACGCGCGCGUCGGCGAGAUUGGCGGCGUUAUCCAGGAGGUCAUGGAGAGCUUCGAGGUCGAGAUUGACGGCACCACGUACCCGGUCAAGAGCAUCCGCAACCUGACGGGGCACACCAUCCUGCCCUACAGCAUCCACGGCACCAAGGCGGUGCCCAUUGUCAAGAGCAACGACCAGACCAAGAUGGAGGAGGGCGACGUGUUUGCCAUUGAGACAUUUGGCAGCACGGGUAACGGCUACGUGCGCGACGACGGCGAGGUCUCGCACUACGCAAAGGUCGGCGACGUCCAGCACGUCGAUCUGCGCCUGAGCUCGGCCAAGGCGCUGCUCAACGUCAUUAACAAGAACUUUGGAACCCUGCCGUUCUGCCGGCGGUAUCUGGACCGCCUUGGCCAGGAAAAGUACCUGUUGGGUCUCAACAGCCUGGUGCAGAACGACAUUGUCGAGGCGUACCCGCCCUUGUGUGAUAAGAAGGGCUCGUACACCGCUCAGUAUGAGCACACUAUACUUAUCCGACCCACCGUGAAGGAGGUCAUCAGCCGCGGAGACGACUACUAG